CCCCCUCCACUCAUCCCGGAAGCGGGGCGCCCGCAUCCAGGAAGUGACGUCGUCCCGGCACCUCCCCCUCCUCCUGGUGAUGGAGGAAAAGGAGGUCGCGGUGGGGCAGAUGAAGCAGUUCCACGGCGGCGUUAGCGUGGGGGUCGGCGGUGGCGCCGGGGCAGCGGGGCUGGAUCCCGAGCGCUGCCGUUUCCCUUACUGCGUCGUGUGGACGCCUAUUCCCGUGCUCACAUGGCUCUUCCCCAUCAUCGGCCACAUGGGCAUUUGUACCUCAGCUGGAGUCAUCCGGGACUUUGCAGGGCCUUACUACGUCUCAGAAGACAACAUGGCUUUUGGGAAGCCUGUAAAAUACUGGAAGCUGGAUCCCAGCAAAGUGUAUGCCUGUGGCCCUAACGCUUGGGAUACUGCAGUGCACGAUGCCUCUGAGGAGUACAAGCACCGUAUGCACAACCUCUGCUGUGACAACUGCCACUCUCACGUAGCCCUGGCCUUAAACCUCAUGCGAUACGACAACAGCACUUCCUGGAAUAUGGUCAAACUUUGCUUCCUCUCCCUUCUAUAUGGAAAGUAUGUGAGCAUAGGGGGCUUUGUGAAGACCUGGCUUCCUUUCAUCCUCUUUUUGGGGAUUAUCCUGGUAGUCAGCCUGACUCUUCACUUGCGAUGAUGGAUGACACCAGCGUCCCCAUUCCCUUUUGAAGUCAAGCGCUGAAAACUCUUGCCUUUCCGGCUGCAGCAAGACACGGAGCAGUGUGGCCUGGAAACCCACAGAAAAGAAGAUGUGCUUUGUAAUGACAACUCUCCCUUUAUCCUGGUGGAUUUCCUUUUCUCCCCCAUCAUUCUGUCCUUCAAAUAUCCAGGGAAGUGGGGUGUGUGGGGCGGGGAACCACUGCAUCUUGCUUCUUGCCAAGGGUCCCUUGUGUUGAAAGUCCCUGCAUAGGAAUGCACUACUUGGACAUGAAGGGAGGGCUUCACGUGCCUUGCAGUAGGUGCCGGGGCUGGUUGUAAGGUUCCUCAGCCUCUCAACAAGAGAUUCUUGAUGGCACUUUAUGAGAAGUGACUGUCCAUGGUCACUGUGCAUUGGGAGAAGGGACAGAGGGUUUUUAGUUUUUCGUUUUACAUCUGCUUGCACCGGUAAAUGGGAUUUUCAGCAUUCCCUGUUGCAGCAUUUUCUCUACGACUGAGUACCGGAGUGAUUGGUGACCUCAAAAUGGAAGAACAACCUGAUUGCACAGGCAAGCUGGGGAUGCUGUGCCCAGGAUGGAGUUGGCUUCAGUUUCUGCUUUGACAGAUAGGACUUUAUACGGCAGUCUGGCGGUCAUACUGUUGCAUCCUCUUGUUCUUUGCACAGAAAGUGCAUGUUUUGUUUUGUUUUUAAUUUGGUGCUCCUCAGAAAUGCCGUUGUUCUAAAAGCAGCCAGUCCCCCCCCCAGCUCCCACCAGCCACAGUCAUUGCCAAGAUUGACCUUGAGCUGUCCUCAGCUAAGCUUUUGUUGAAAGUUUUGUUAAGACAUCCUAGUCCCUUUUGUAGAACUACAGUUCCCAAAGUUUUUCUGUGUGUGUGGCUGAGAGAGAGAUGUACCCACCUGAUGGUUAAACUGUUUGAUUUAUAAUGUCAUUAUUCAGAACAAUGUGCCUUAGAAGACACUAGAAGCAUAACCCACCCCAGGGAAAUGCCUGAUCUUCCCCACUGAAACUUAAAGCCCUACUGACAUGAAGUCUGUUCUAAAGAGAAGAGAAUAUUUCAUUCCAGAUGCACAUUCUCCCAUACCGCUUUCUAGGGAAGCUGGAGGGCAGCCUUUGCUAACCUGUUGCCCUCCUGAAGCUUUAGACUGCAAUUCCCAUCAGCCUCAGCCAGCACUGCACGGGAAUUGCAGCCGAAAAUUUCAGGAGGGCACCAGGUUGGCAAAGGCUGCAGUAGAGAAUUGUGUGCCAUCCACUUCUAAAUGGACUUCAUUUUUGGCCUCUGGCCUUGCCUGUACUGUAGUGAAAUGCACAGUCUUUGUGCCUCCUUCCUUUUUUUUAACUGAAGGGGACAGAAAAGGCUCCUUUUAGAUUGCACUGCUCUCUACUACAUCCCCCCCUUGCCCUUGCUAAUCUCCGCCCUUUGCAGUCAUCUUUAGCGCACCCUCUGGAGUGCCAAGUGCUUUGCGCUGUGCUAAGAAGCAGCGUUGUCUGUACCUUAAAACGCCUAUGUCUGAGCAGGUUCUCUUGGUGUCUUUGCUGCUGCAUUCAGCCAUUUCCAUCAUGAAUGGAGGGCAGCUGUAGAAAGCUUGAUCAAUAAGCUCUAGGCUGAUUAGAGAUCAAAGGUCUCACAUCAAAGUGUAUGUGUGUGGCGUUCCAUCAGGCUCUCCCUGGGCCGCUUUGCUUAUCCCCCAGCAGGGAUUCUACUUCUUAUGGAAAUAAUAGACCAAAUCUACUGAAUAGAGAGAGUCUCCCCCUUCCUGCUCUUUUUUCCCCUUUCAUAUCCUCCCCCCCCCCAAAAAAAAUAAAAAAUAAAAAAAAAUCUUGCCAAAUAAGAGCUCCAGGAAGCCUAGGCAAUUCCCACACCUGGUGCUCAAAGCCAACUUACCCUCCUUCAGUAGCAGCAGUCCUGACUCUUCUUUUGAGUCAGUUAAAGUGUUUUGCUGACAUCAUGCAUGUAUACGCUCUUUGCCCCAAGUUAAAAGGUGGCACUAGUUGCAGGAGGAGCUAAGAUGCCAGACUCUCUGGUCUCUUCUUUCUCGUCCGUCCGUCCCCGCCUCCCUUUUGCAUUCUCGUGUUAGAUUUCUGUGUUCUUUAUUAUCAUUAUUAUUUAUUAGAUUUAUUAGUCCCUUGUUACCUGAAGGUCUCCAAGCGACAUACAACAUUGUUGAAAACCAAAAUAAAUAUACCAUUAAUGGUGGGCACAGUUGUGUGGUUGGGAAGCAACUGCUCGCUCGCUCUCCCCACCCCAAACAUGCACGUUCCAGGUCUUCUAGAGUACGUUUUUAAGUGGCCGCUGAUCACCUGCGUCUGCCUGUACAGUCAAAGCUGCUUCACUGUGCACCCAGCUUCCAGCCCUGCCUAUGUUUAUCAAGCUGCUGAAAAAGCUUCUGAAAGUGAGUUGUCAGAGCCACAGAAGAAUGUGGGCUUAGCUGGGUGCAUAGUGGAGGAAUUGCAUUUGUGACAUCUUUGCUGCAAGGCCGGCUGUAUUCAAGCCAUGUCCCUACCAACCCCCUCUUUCGACACCUGCCUAGUAACUGCCCAUUUUGAAAUGCUGUGUUGCAGCUGAAUGGCCGCCUCUUUAGGCUGGCUUGUGAAUUAGCACACUCUUCCACGGGGAAGCACUUCUGUGUAGGGGUUUCGGAAACCUGUGAGUAGUAUUCAGCUAAAUCCUACUCAGAGUAGACCUAUUAAAAUGGAUGAACCUGAGUUGGCCAUGUCCAUUACCUUCAGUGGGUCUACUUUGAGUAGGGCUGGCAUUGAAUACCAAUGUUUCCAUUGUAGGGUGAAACACAGGGGGUUUCUUGGAUCUGCUUGCAUACCAGCCGUUGCCUGCAGUCUCUUUCCAGACAUUGACUGGCUGCAGGCACAGUGUGAGAAGUCUGUGCUCAGAGGUCAUCUGUGUCUGCACGGAUUCCACAUUCACAUCGGCAUGGAGAUGUCUUCAGUGUAGGAAUCUGGGUAAGAUGCCAAGUUCUCAAAGGUUUCGUCGUUUAUUUGGUACCUCCCGUUUUGAGACAUUCAAGGUUUUUUAGUUGCAUUCUGGCGUCUUCAUUUUCCUUUUCUGCUGUGGAAUCUUCAUUGAUGUAACCCCCCCCCCCCGGCUUACUGAUGAUUAGCCUGAUGGGCCUCUGCCUUGCGAGUUGGUUCUGCGGGGGGGGGGGGGGCUGAAUUCCUUUGUACAUACUGAACUUUGCUGCUGUGAUUUCAUAAUCCUGACCUGAUGAUGGUGAAAAAUAAAUGCAUUUCUGUGUA